UCCCCGAGUUACGUCGAGCGCGCCCCACCAAGUGUAGACACGUAGACGCUGUUCGGGGUCGUGCGCUCUCCAGUCUCGCACCCCAGACGCAUCGUCACACACGCAAGAACCCAGUAACACACCAUGAAGCUCUCCGCUCUCGUCCUCCUCUUCGCUGCCAGCUGCGCGCUCGCGCGACCGGAGCCCCGCGCAAGGCCUGAUUGCGCGAAGCCCUGCUGGAACAAGGAAGAGAUAAAGGCCCCUUGCGACCCGAACCAGAAGACAUGUUACUGCGCACGCGGCAGCGAAGUGCCCGCCUUGGUCGGCUAUUGCAUCUUAGAGAAUUGCGAGAAAGACCCGGAAGAACUGAACCUCGCACUCGUAGAUGCUUCCGAGACCUGUCGCGAUGAAGGUCAUUGACUGACAGUCGGCGAGCAGCAGCAGCCUGAGGGCGACA